AUGAGGUUCACCGCUCUCCGCCUCACCGCCCUAGGCUUCAUCGGCUUCGCCAUGAGCCAAGGCAGCGAGACAACCCUAACAACAAGGCCAUGCAACAACCCCAAGUACUGCACCACAGUACGCACUCCACCAGCCCGCUCCAACGCCUACACCUCCAAGGAGACCACCGACUCUACUGAGCUCACCCGCACCAUCACCGCGCACCGCCGCCAGCUCACCGUAGUCGAGUCCCACACCCGAGCCAGCGUCCACACCUCCAAGUCCAUCAAGACGCACAAGCCUCCCAAGCCUUCCAAGACCAAGACCUCGGGUGACUCUGAAAUCCCUAAGCCCUCUGAAGGUCUCUCGGACUCCGUCCGCCCGACUCGCGUCUCUGUUACUGCUCAGCGUCGCCAGGCACUGCCAACUACUGCGACUUGCACUGAGAUCACCGAGUGGGACUCCAAGACCUAUGCGACUGCGAUUUCUACGCAUAUUCAGUGCGGACCGGAUAAGUCUAAGCCUACUUGCUCUACCUCGUACGAAUGUGGAUGCCACUCUUCUGCUUUUACGCGGGAUGAUAAUCCUGAUAUACACUUUUGCUGGCCCAUGGCGACUAGCACUAUCUUCCCUCCGGACUAUGGUGGUGGACGGUCUCAGCGUUGGGUCGCGAGGCAAGCCAGGGCUACUCAUGCGCCUCGGGCUGCGUCCCAAGAUCUGGGUGGGCGGUCUCAGCGUCUUGUUGCGAGGCAGGCGGCACCGACAUCGACUUGUUCUCCGGGCCAUGUGGGAAGCGACUGCAGCACUGUUGUCUCACCGCCUAAACCUACGAAGUCUUGUCCUCCGGGUUGGGUUGGUCCUGACUGUCCUUUCGCAAGUCAUGUUUCGAGUACGCCGACGGUUACGGCUACCAACGAUGUUUACGCUCGUCAAGAGGCUGGAGCGGGUGGUAAGCCAGUCUACGUUGUCACGGUCACCCAUGUCAAGCGUGUGACUGCCCGUCAAGAGGCUGGACCGACUGAUCUGGUCGAGGUCGUGACGAACACGAACACUAAAGAAGCUGGACCUGUUCACCCGAUCGUUGUCAUUACGGUUACCAAGACCCACGAUAUCAACGAACGUCAAGAGGAUGAGCCGACUGACCCAGUCUACGUCGUCACGGUCACUGAUACUAUCGCUACCACCGCCCAUCAAGAAGCUGAACCGACAGAUCCAAUCUACGUCGUCACGGUCACCGAUACCAACACUACCAACCCAACUCAAGAAGCUGAGCCGACUGACCCAGUCUACGUAGUCACCGUCACCGAUACUAUCGCUACCACCGCCCGUGAAGAACCUGAACCAAUCGCUGAACCAACAAACCCAGUCUACGUCGUCACCGUCACCGACACCAACGAUGUCAACGCACGUCGCGUGCCUGACGAGAUUUCUGCUUCCAUCGAGCCAAAGAUGACGGCAGCCGAUUAUGGUUGCCCGCCGGGUACCUGCGGACCUGCUUGUCGUUCUGGUCACUACUGCAAUAAAUUGUUUGGUCGUGUGGCUGCUGGGGAGGAUGGUGUUUCGAAGGAGCCGUUGGCUUCGGAGGAACCUGUGCCUACGAGGGGGGGUUAG